GUCAACUUCCAGCAUUAGACCACAGAAGUUCUCUCCAAACGACUUCAACACCAACGAUCCAAUUUACAUCCACACUCAUUUGUUCUCACGGGGAGUUAACAUACCAGCAGAACAUUGGUAGACAGGCAGUGCCGUCACUGGUAGCAGACCGACCAACGAUUCCGCUGUCUGGUCUACAUACAUUUCUCACGAGAUUACGGAGGACCUUCCUCAGUUUACCGAGGUCGCCGCCGUCACUACCGACUCGUCGCAGAUGGAUCAUCUUGCCUCGGCGCUGCUCGACUUCCCGCCAGCCGGCGCGCUUCCUGACGAUGAUCGGUACAACUGGGCUGCAAAGUCGCACAGCGAAAAGGUGGACCAGCUAGCUGUGACACAAAGCUUCAAAGAGUUUGCUGCCCAGCUGCUCGACCACGUCGAUCCAGCCCUCAACUCCAUCUCGCACCUGAGCCUGCUCAUAGCCGCCCGCUCCGCCAACAGUCUACCUCAAGCCGAGCUGCUGGCGAAAAUCUCCAUCUUCCUCUCCACAUUCGACGCCCGCCAGAUACGUUACGCGGGGAAAGCCUUUUCGGUCCUUCUCGAUUGGCUUGUAGGCGGGACGCUGUUUCCGGCCUCUGUUGCAGUAGAGCUCCUUACAACCGCGCUCCUCCGGCUCGACCCCACGGGCUCGGUCCUCACCUCGUACCAUGUCGCCCUAGUUAAGCUCGCAUUCGACACCGACAACGUCGAACACGCGCUGCCAGUUCUCGAGAAGAACGUCGUAUUCUACCCGGGCGCCAAGGGCCAGCUGGAAACGCGGCCGCUUUGUGCGUUGGACUUGCCGCCGGUAUCAUACAUCACGAUCGAGUCUGGUCUGACGAAGCAGCUCAGCAGCGGCGACGUGCUGCAGUACGAUCUGCUUCGCGGGCUGUGCUUCAUCCAGCGGCGGUCAUGGGCACAGGCUCUCGACGCCCUGGAGCGCGUCAUCACAUACCCCGCACGAGACAAUCACUCCUGCAGCAAGAUCAUGGUGGAAGCGCACAACAAAUGGAUGCUCGUGGGGCUGCUCCUCAACGGCAAAGCGCCAACACUGCCUAGCCACACGGCCGGCGGCGCCCAAAAGGCCUUUUCCACCCUCGGCAAGCCGUACCAGGCGAUCGGCAAGGCGUUCGAGGAGAGCACGGCCGAGUCGCUCAAGACUGAGUUCGAGAGCGUCGGCCCGCAGUUCUUCAGCGAGGAGAACAACCUCAACCUGAUGCGCCUGGUGAUGCAGCACUACCAGCGGUGGCAGAUCCUGAACCUGCGGCGGGUCUACACCAAGAUCUCGCUCGAGCAGAUACGCGCGCGGACGCAGAGCGCCGAGACGGCGGCGCCGCUCGUGACCGAGGCCGAGAUCCAGGCGCUGGUGCAGCAGAUGAUCGACGAGGGUAUGCUGAGCGGCGUGAUCGAGCGCCCGGCCGACGGGGGCCCGGCCUACCUCGCGUUCCACGAAACGGACGACGAGCUGUCCGAGACCGACUUCGCACAGAAGAUGGCGCGCACGGCGCAGCAGCUGGCGGAGCUCGAGCCGCUGGUCAAGGCAACGAACGAGCGGCUGGGCACGAACCGCGAAUUCGUGCGGUUCUUGGUCACGCAGCAGAAGAAGGACAAGGACGCGCGGCGGGACUAUGACCUGUCGUUUCUGAACCAGGUCGAGGACGAGGAUCUGAUGACUGGGGUCGUGGCGGGUUUCUAGAACAUCCUGCGGGCGUCCCGGUACGCUCAGGUGGAUGAGGAAAUGGAAGGGCAGUUGACGGCGCGCUGAUGGGCUUGGGAUCAAGGCUUCUGAUGGCAGAAAAGGAUUGGCGCACUAGAUCACGAGAUGUAUUUGCUUCAUGAAAAGGAACCCUGCUUAGUAGGGAAUCAUAAUUGGGACGAAGGAAUCGGCGGCAACCAGGCGUUGAAGAUGGUCGGUGCAUAGGGACAGCCUUGGCAGGUGUACAGAGAUGGUCUAGGACUCGGGAAUGGCAUAGAGAAGGACUGUUACUUGAUUGAUGACACCGCAGUGCCAGAUGGUCCCCGACCUUGCUAUCCGUCUUAGGGCCUAAAAGAACGGGUAGAGCAGUUUCCUGCCUUCCCACUGCAAUAGCCUCCUCAUUUUGUGCUGGCGUUAUGUGCUUUGCAUCAUCCUCGGUAGGUAU